AUGAAGAAGAUGAAGAAGACGAAGAAGGAGAACGAAGACAAAGGAUUAAAAAGGAAACGGUCGUGUGGGGUGUUAAGACUUAAGAGUGAAGAAGAAAAAAAAACCCUAAAUAACAAUCAUAGCCGCCGGCACUUUCUUCCGUGUGAGAGAUCACAUUUGCUGCUAAUUAUGUCGGAUCUUCCCAAAGAUUUGGUAGAAGAGAUACUCUGUCGCGUUCCAGCCACGUAUCUGAGCCAAUUACGAUAUGCAUGCAAACGAUGGAACAGAUUAUUCACCAAGAAGAGAUUCACAAGAAAGCAUUUGGACAAAGCCGCAAAACAGUUUCUGGUUCUCAUGUCGGAGCAGUGCUAUAGGGUUUAUUUGAUGAGCAUCAAUUUUAACGGUGUUCCAUCUGUAGAGAUCAAAGGUAAACACGGCCUAACUGGCCCUCAAGGUGACUUCGAGAUUUUUAAAGUCUCUCACUGCGACGGUUUAUUGUUAUGCAACAACGGAGAAUACAACAGAAUCGUGGUUUGGAACCCGUGUACUGGUCAAACCAGGUGGAUCCAACCAACAAAGAUAGGUUCUUAUGCUCUUGGAUCCUACCAAGACAACGAAUAUGGCAAUACUAGCUACAAGAUCUUGUCUUGUUGUGAUGGUGACAAGAACGCAUUUGAAAUCUAUGAGUUCAACACUAAUUUAUGGAGGACUCUUGAUGUUAAUUUGGACUGCGAAUUGGAAUAUGAUGACUGUGGCAUGUCUUUGAAGGGAAAGACUUACUGGUUUGCUUCAGAUGAAAAUGAGGAACAGCUCGGCAUGUUUUUAGUAAGUUUUGACUAUACAACAGAACUAUUUGCACGUUUGGUUCUUCCAUGUCAGAGUCUUUACAAUAAGGCCUUCUCUCUAAGCGUUGUUAGAGAAGAGAAACUUUCUGUGUUAUUAAAGCAUAGAGAUACAUCAAGAACAGAGAUAUGGAUGACAAAUAAGAUCGAUGAGACCAAAGUUGUGUCGUGGAGCAAGUUUUUAACAGUGGAUUUGAAACCUGAACUUCGUAUUUUCGGCCAUAUAAGUUUUUUGGUGGAUGAGGAGAAGAAAUUUAUUGUGUUGUGUCAUUUGGUAGUGAGAAGUGGAGUUCGCAUUAAACAGGUGGUAUACAUUGUGGGAGAGGACAAUAAUGUAAAACAGGUGCAUUCUGGAUUCGCAUCAUCUCUGCCAAAUUUGUUUGAUUAUAUUCCAAGUUUGACUCAGUUCUAG